GUCCCAUCAACUCUUAGAUUGUUCUGGGCGCUCGAUCAGAACGAGUGUCAACCCAUUUGACUAUCUAGCCCCGCGGUCGCUUCAUUAGUAUUUGAUUGAUUGCCUCUCUCCCUCAGAUAACACCUCGCAAAUUCUCAGUCUCGGAUCAACCCUGCGCCACCGCGACAUCCUCUACCGCACCCUCCUCCCCUCCGCUUCACUUCAAUCCAACCGUCUCCAUCACAAUGUCAGUCUGGAACCCAGACAACAUCCGCGAUGUUGCCGAGUCGGUUGGAAUCGUCAACCUCAACGAUGAUGUGACCGAAAACCUUGCCCGCGACGUCGAAUUCCGCAUCGCGCAGGUUUUGGAGGAAGCUCUCAAAUUCAUGCGCCACAGUCGACGAACGUUGCUCUCAACCCAGGAUAUCGCACAAGCCUUACGCGUGCUCGACGUAGAGCCGCUCUACGGCUACGAGUCUACAAGGCCCCUACGGUUUGGUGAGGCAUCGCUGGGACCGCGACAACCGUUGUUCUAUGUGGAGGAUGAAGAGGUGGACUUUGAAAAGUUGAUCAAUGCGCCGUUGCCUAGAGUACCCCGAGAGAUCUCGUUCACAGCGCACUGGUUGGCCGUUGAAGGAGUCCAGCCGUCCAUUCCCCAGAACCCUACCGCGGCCGACUCGAGGAACCUUGAAUUGAUGUCGAAAGGUCCCAAUGCCAGCUCGACCCUCGCGGCUAUGAGCGGAGGAGGAAAUGUGGCCGUCAAACCGCUGGUGAAGCACGUCUUGUCCAAGGAAUUGCAGCUCUACUUCGAGAAAGUUUGCAACGCGUUCCUGGACGAAUCCAGCGAAGAAUAUCGGACAUCGGGCUAUUCCAGCCUACGAGAAGACCCGGGACUACACCAGCUGGUCCCAUACUUCGUUCAGUUUAUCUCCGAGAAGGUUACGCAUGGGUUGAAGGAUAUCUUUGUCCUGACGCAGGUCAUGCACAUGGCAGAGGCCCUUGUGCAGAACAAAUCGCUAUAUGUUGAUCCUUACAUCCCAUCGCUUGUUCCGCCCAUUCUAACCUGCUUGAUCGCCCGACAAUUGGGCGGCAAUGCCGAACUGACCGAGCAAUUUGCUCUGCGCGACCUCUCCGCGUCACUCCUGGGACUGAUCGCGAAGAAGUACUCGCACUCGUCCCACACGCUCAAGCCACGACUGGCUCGCUCGUGUCUCAAAACAUUUUUGGAUCCGUCCAAACCGUUUGGCGCGCAUUACGGCGCCAUCAUUGGACUUCACGCGGUGGGCGGUGCGGAGGCGGUGCGGGUGCUGAUUCUGCCCAAUCUGCCGACGUACGGCAAUUUGCUGAAGGACGGAAUGGCCGAAGACAGCCCACGGCGACCGGAGGCUGAGAGAGUUCUUAUGGUUUUGAUGGGGGUUCUGGCAACGCUGCGGGAAGGACGCACGGCCCUAACCAACGGGCACGGGGGCGUAUUGACGGACGACCUGCGGGAAAAAUUGAGUGGGAAAGUGGGUGAUUUCCUUGCAAUGAAGAUCAAGGACAUGGGGGAGGUUGAAACCGCCCGGGCCAUUGUCGACGCGUGAACCUACUUUAGCUACAGCAGGCCCCCCUCUUUUUGCGCUCCGUAAUCUCUUCGUCCCCCUUUCGUUUUUGUUCUGGUAAAACAUGGCGUUUUCUGGCGGGGGAAGUAGGUGUUCCUUUUUCUGUGAGGUUCUUUUUCUUUUCUUUUUUUUUUCUUUUUUUUUGGUGAAAGAACUCGAUCGGGUACAUACAUAGCACGGGCUAUCUAGCGGUGUCGGUAAUGAAGAGAAUGACGCAUGCACGAGUUUGUUUCUGGUAGUAUACGUAA